AUUAAUUACUCCGUAAAUUAUAAAGUUUGACCCCUCAAAAAUAUUACUGCACCAUGGAUAAAACUAUUUGUAACCCAAGGAUUUGUGUCCCAUUUUGUACGCCGCAAGGAUGCAUUAAUAUUUUGUGUUGGUGUAAUGAUAAUUUUUGUUAACGCACCCACCCUUUGUGUGAGUGUAAAUUUCUGUUAACGCACCAAGAUUUUGUGUCAGUGUAAAUCUUCAAAAUGUUGGUGCAUACCUUCGGCUGGGAAGUUACUGGAAAGUUACACCUCCUUUUCUUCGUUUGUUACCUUCGUCGUUCCCUGCUAUGCGUCGCCUUCUCUGUCGCCGGUCAGCCAGGUCUUCUGUCGCCGGUUUGUGACUUCGCAGGGCACCGUAGUAGCGCCGCCUUCUUCCCGUCGGUGACAGCAGCAGCAGCCGUGCGCGUGGACUCCGACGGAAAUAGCAGCGGCGAAAAUCCCUCUUCUCCAAUCCGGGUAGGGAUAUGGAUCAUGAGGGCCAGCCUGGAGGACGGUGAUACGUGAUGCAGUGGGUGACGUCACCAUUUUUGUUAGAAAGCAUUUUCACAUUGAUGUUUUGUUAAUGGCAAUGCUUGUUUCCGUUUAGGUUUUGAUAUUGACAAACCGUCAGGAACUUUGGACAAAAUGGAAAGAUUCAAAGUCAUAGCAAAAGCUCUUUGAAGGAACAAAACGAACAAGAAAGACAUUGACGUUUCUAAAGACGACGACGUUGGCAUUUUGAAGACGUUGUCUAAAUAAUUUGGUUUUCAUUGUGACAAGCUCACUCAAUUUCUCUAAGUCAUGGCUCAAAACAAAAUAUUUUUUCAUGUAUCAAAUGAGUGUUUUCAUAAAUGGUUUUAAGUUUC